UGCCAUCCAUAUAAUCAAAUCAAAAUGGCCUUAAGUUCACGAAUGCUACCAUCGUUACUACCAGGACUUCGUCUUUUCGGUAAUCCCAACGGAUUUACCGAGGAAGAGGAGGCUAGCGCUCUGACGCACAACCUCCAAAACAUCCACAUCUACUCCAACAGCUGGGGACCAAAUGAUUACAGCAAUGAGAUCACUGGACCUGGAGACCUGGUGUUCCCUGCACUGAACCAUGGAGUAACAUUUGGACGUCAUUGGAAGGGAUCUAUUUACGUGUUUUCAGCUGGAAAUGGUGGUUAUGCUGGUGACAGCUGCGCUUAUGACGGCUACAUCAACUCCAUCUACACCAUUGGGAUCAAUUCUGUACUUUCAAACGGACAAGUUGCCGGCUUCUGUGAGGCUUGCAGUGCUGUCACCGCUGUUGUGUACGGAAAUGACUUUGCUGAUACACGAACAAAUUUUGUGGCCCCAACUAAGAACGCUGACUGUAUGCUAGACUUUUCUGGAACUUCUCCUUCUGCUGCUCUAGCCUCUGGGGUGAUUGCACUUGCUCUUCAAGCGAAUCCACAGUUGACCUGGAGAGAUGUACAACAUCUUCUGGCACGCUCGUCCAGUAGCCAUGGUGGCACGCUUUGUGGUGGGAACUGGCUAGUAAACUCAGCUUCUUUCUCAGUCCAUGACAAAUGUGGGUUUGGUUUGAUAAACACCGCUGAUCUUGUUGAGCGUGCGAAGACGUGGCAAUCUGUACCUCAGCCAGCUCUCGUGUGUGAGGUGUCGUCUGACAAUGUCCUGGAUAUUCCAUUCGACGGACAGACAGUCUCUGCACUUCACAUCAGCAGUGGUUCAUGUGGGAUCAGAUAUCUGGAACACGUGCUUGUGGCAGUAAACAUCGAGUUCCCCAGGAGAGGCCAUCUGAGGCUUACAUUGGCUGCGCCGAGCGGAACAGCCUCUACUGUGGCUCCAGGGCGGGACCGUGAUGAGACCCCGGACCUGUCCUGGAGCUUCCUCACCCUGCACAACUGGGGGGAGAACCCGCUGGGCAGCUGGCGACUGAGUGUGAGAAACACCCAUCCUGAAACCUACAACAGCACAGGGUCGCUUCGACGGUGGACCCUCACCCUCUAUGGUAGCGCCACACUGCCUCUUCAUUAGGUCAGCAGGAGUAGAGACGUGCUCGUACCAAAAACUACUUCAAAACAAAGAUGUACUAGACAUCCUCAGACGUAACGCAACUUUGCUAUCUUUGCAAUAUUGGCAUUGCAAUAUUGAACAAAUAACAACAAAUAACAGAUGGAUAAAUACAUGUGGAUAGAUGGAUAGGUAGAGAGACAAUUUUAGGUGGUUUAUCAUAGAAAAACAAGAGAAAACGAAUGGUGUGGCUUUCAUCAAUAUAUUCCCUAACAACAAAAAUGCAGGGAAAUAAUCUUAUUCUGAUUAUUAAUCUGAUUAUAAUCUUAUAAUCUUUGUGUGCAUACGGCAUGAUUGCCAGAAGUAGCUAACAUUUGAAAGUAUUUCAUUAACUUUUCAUCGUUGUGUAUAUGUAGCAUAAUUUGCAAUUGCUAUGGAGAGGUUGAAAUUAAAUCUAUGGGUGAAUCGGGAUUUAGGUUUCUUGAAAUACAGAUAAUGAGAACGUGCUCUAGAGUUCACUAAAAGGAGUGGGAAUGUAAUAGUGUAAAACAAAUAAAAAAACAGGUGUGACGUAAAGACAGAGGAUGGUGUGUUAGAUUUA